AUGGCGAACAUAACCAAUACUUUAGAUAAACUCUGGAGAAGAUUUUAUCAUAUUGCAGUGGUACUUUCAAAAGAAAAUUCUUCGUGCCAUGUGAAUAUUGACCAUCAAAUAAUAUUUACUAUUUUUGAUGAAUUAAAAAUGGAAGUGCGGAAAACGAUUGAGACAAUUAAAAAAGGUCUUCUGUCUAGUCGGCCAAUGAUUUUUAGUCGAGAUCAACUGGAAGAUUAUGUCAAACGUAUUGAAUUUGCCAAUGAAAUUAUGUUGAAUUUAGAUUAUCUAGUGAAAUUAACAUUCGAUGCUUAUAUUACUUUUAUAAGUACACAUUGGGAAACAAAGGGAAAUUUUGAAUCACAAGAACAGCAAAGAAUUUUAUCUGACCGAUAUGAUAUGCCAAUGACACAAUGGCAGUUUGUGGUCAGCAAAAUUGAACGAUUUCAUGAAGUGGUGAAACAUUUUACUUAA